ACAUUUUCUCGUUAUCAACACACCAGAAACGGAAGUCAUUUUGCUAGCUUCUAAACGAUCCCAGCGCCUCUACCUUUGAAAUGUCAACAUUCGUAUCAACAAUUGCAAUCUUUUCUCUCAAUUCUCUCACUGGAAUCAGUGACUUAUCGGUCAGCUGUCACUUGCCCGUUCUAUUUACAAUUUUCAUACUGACUGCGGGCUGCGACCCCAUCCACCAUACGGCGUAAAUAAACUCGAUUUGCAGCCAAAACAGGCCGGAAUUUCGAUGUCAUUGAUUACGACGGUGACACCAUAAAUUCCGACUGCUAUGUACAAAGUUUUCUCGCGUGUCAGCCGCCACUUUCUAGCGAGGAACACACGCAUUUUAUGCAACAGUCGUGAUCGAUAUUUUCAAGUUGCGGAGGUCAAACGAAGUUUCUCCUCCUCAAAGCCGCCGUUGGCGAAGUUCGACAAGAUGGCAGGGAGCGAAGGUUCAUCGCAACACAAGCAUACGAACCGUCUGGCCCAGGAGAAGUCGCCAUAUCUCCUCCAGCAUGCCCACAACCCGGUGGACUGGUACCCGUGGGGCGACGAGGCGAUCCAGAAGGCGAAGGACGAGAACAAGCUGAUCUUCCUGUCGGUGGGGUACUCGACGUGCCACUGGUGCCACGUAAUGGAGCACGAGUCCUUCGAGAACGAACAGGUGGCGGAAAUCAUGAACGAGAACUUCGUAAAUAUAAAGGUCGACCGGGAAGAGCGCCCCGACAUCGACAAAAUCUAUAUGAACUUCGUUGUAAUGGUGAACGGCAGCGGCGGCUGGCCGAUGUCUGUUUGGCUCACGCCUGAUCUGGCGCCCAUCACAGCUGGAACGUACUUUCCUCCAAACGACCGCUGGGGAAUGCCUGGCUUCAAAACCGUCCUUAAUGCGCUUGCUGAAAAGUGGCAGACGAACCAGGAUAGCCUCAAGGAAACGGGCAGUAAAAUCAUCGAGGCAAUUCGGAAAAGUCUGGCUGAGAAAUCACCGGACGCAGCAGCGCCUUCAACUCCGGAGCAUAUGCUCAACCAGGCGAUAGCAAUCUUCAAGCGCAACUUCGACCAGGACUACGGGGGAUUCGGCUCUCAUCCAAAAUUUCCGGAAGUCGCCAAAUUGAACUUCCUCCUGCACGCGUACAUGGUCAAGAAGGACAUGGACGUUUUAGAACUCGUUUUGAGGACGCUGAAAAAAAUCGGAAACGGCGGAAUCCACGAUCACGUGUUUGGGGGUUUCGCUCGGUACUCGGUGGACCGGAAAUGGCACGUACCGCACUUCGAGAAAAUGCUCUACGAUCAAGGGCAGCUCAUGAGCGUCUACGCCCACACGUACCAAGUCACGAAAGAUAAGUACUACCUGAACACUGCUGACAAGAUCUUCAACUACAUCAUGAAGGACUUGCGUCAUCCUUCCGGCGGGUUCUAUGCGGGCGAGGACGCCGAUUCCCUUCCAACAGCGUCUGAUACGGUGAAAGUAGAAGGCGCCUUCUACGCGUGGACCUACUCUGAAAUACGCGAUCUAAUACUCAAAAACUCUUCCAAGUUCGACAUGGACGCGAACCGCGUUUUCGAGAUCUACUCGUAUCAUUACGAUAUUCAGGAAGCAGGCAAUAUCGAGCCUGCCAGCGAUCCGCACGGGCACCUCACCGCCAAGAACAUUCUAAUAGUUCGCAAAUCCGCCUCGAACACUUGUGAUCGAUUCGAUUUGGAACCAGAGGAACUGGAAAAGAUCCUCCAAGUGGUCAACUGUAUUUUACAUGAAGUGCGGGAUCAGCGACCUCGGCCCCAUUUAGAUACGAAAAUACUAACGGCUUGGAACGGUCUCGUGUUGUCAGGACUAUCAAAAUUAGCGAAUUGUGGAAGCGAUCGACGGGAGGAGUACAGGAAGGCAGCUAGCGACUUGAUAGAAUUCGUGCGAAGUCAUUUGUAUGACAAGGAGGACAAGAGACUGCUUCGAUCGUGCUACGGUCAGGGGACGCAAAGCGACACGGCAGAAGUAUUACGGGAACCCAUUGGUGGCUUCCUUGACGACUAUGCGUUCUUCAUACGAGGCUUACUUGAUUAUUACAAAUGUUCCCUGGAUUUAUCGGCGUUAGAAUGGGCGAAGGAGCUCCAGGAAAAACAGGACAGUCUAUUCUGGGACGAGCAGCACGGCGGUUACUUCUACUCGGAAGCGAAUUCGCCGAAUGUCAUAGUGCGACUUAAGGAAGACCACGACGGAGCCGAACCAUGCGGAAACAGCGUAACUGGCAGAAACUUGUUACUUCUCUCGUCGUACUACGAUGAACACAGCUAUAAAGAGCGUGCUCAAAAGCUCUUCGAAUACUUCAAUGAUGUGUCCCCCUUCGGGUACAUACUACCUGAAAUGAUGUCUGCACUGUUACUUUUGGAUCGAGGACUCGUCAUGAUGGGAAUCGUCGGUCCAGACACUGAAGUAACGCAACAAUUCAUCAGAUUGGGCCAGAGUUUCUACAUCCCGGGCUUGGUCAUAGCACACCUGAACGAAGACGAUCCGACGAAGAACAUCCCGAAGAAAUCGGCUGAGAAGUUCCGAAGUUUGAACGGGAAACCAACAGUUUACGUUUGCCACAAUAAAGUAUGCCAAUUGCCCAUCACGGUUCCCGACGCUCUGGAGGAACAUCUGAAGGAGAAUUAUUUGGUUAAUUGAAAUUUUAGACCCAACAGCAGCCAAGACAUUGAAAUCUCUAUUUUGUCUAAGAACAACCCUCCCCUCCCCCUCCCUACUUCCCAAUUGUUAUUUAUCUUAUCAGAUAAGAUAUUCAGUGAUUGAAAUAGUUAUCCAUAGUCCGUAAUUUAUAUUUAAUGAAUGUUGUUAUAUUUGCAAAUCAACGAGCUUUGUUAAUAAUUUUCACCCUUUGUCUAGUUAGGGCUUAAAGGACAGAAGGUUGUAUUCUAUUAAAAUUGUAUGAAUUAUAUUAUUGUAGCAGGGUUCAGAGAAAAUGCCUUUGGAUAGCAAAUACAUAUUGUUCUUUUUAGGCGAACAUUUUGAUUGAA